AUGAACAUGCAUGGAUGUGCUUUGUCUCUAAAGGGAAUCGAACUUUUCUCUGUUUCUCAUCCGGAUUCGAAGCAAGCUCAUCGCGGUCUUCCCUAUCUGGAUAACCGAGCAAAUUCGUCAACACCCAUUUGCAGAAUCGCCUAUGGAGGCAAUUCCGGCCUACUUCUAUAUUCACCGCCGAGCUUCUUAACAGGUUUCAGAAAUCGCAACAAGAAGAGAAGAAAUUUUUGCACUGUUGUGAAGUCCAGUCGCCGAGAGUCUCCCUACGAAGUGUUGGGCGUUUCCCCCUCUGCAACUCCCGAUGAGAUCAAGAAAGCUUAUCGGAAGCUUGCUCUGAAGUACCAUCCUGAUGUUAAUAAAGAGGCAAAUGCUCAGGAGAAAUUUAUGAGGAUAAAGCAUGCAUACAAUACGUUGCUGAACUCUGAAUCUCGAAGGAGAUAUGAAUCUGGAAAUCGCUCAUCUGAUUAUUCAUAUUCAACUGCUGGAAGAAACCAAAGCAGGAAUACUCAAGAUGAAGAAGAGUUCUAUGGCCUUGGUAACUUUUUGAGGGAUGUCCAAAUAACAAUAGGGGACUUCUUUAGGGAUCUUCAAGAAGAAUUCAAGAACUGGGAGGCCAGCGCUGCUUCACAAGGAAAGCCAAAGAGCCUAUGGGAGGAAUUGGCGGAAAUUGGCGAAGAAUUUGUAGAAUUCUUGGAGAAAGAACUGAGCAUUGAUGCGGAGGAAAAAUCAGAGGAGGAAGACAACGCAGUUAGAAGUUACGGAACAGAGACAAGUGGAAGUGGGCGUCAAACUGAAGCCACCAGGGGAGGCACUGGCAGCAUUGAACAAGACAUUGAUGAGAUUGAAGCCACACUUGCUAAAUUGAAAAAGGAAUUAGGUCUGUGAAGGAAAAUGCACGUUUUCUAUUUGUUAAGAGAGCCCGCCAACUUACUCCUCGUAUUCAAUUCAAUGGCAAAGAAGGGCAAGCUGGAAUUUCACAUUUCUUAACUCUGCUCUCUUCCAAGGCCUUGCUAACAUUCCUCCUCCCCAGGGUCAAGUUCAGACUGCCAUUUUGCUCUUGCAGGACUGGUAAUCACAGUUCAUGGUAGAUUGUUUUCUUUGAAAGGCCUUUGUUUUUAUUUUAUUUUUUUCUCUUUAAGCGUUCUUUACUUAAACACAGCAGCUGGACGGAUGAAAAAAGGAGCUAUUUAUUGUUUGAGAUUAUGAUUUUGUAAUGAAAUAUCUGUGGAGUCAAAAUCUACAAAGCUUUUGUUUAGCAGUUGAUCAA